UCCCCAUUGGGGGAAAAUGUGCAUCCGAGGUAGAGGGUUAAAAUUGUGGGAGUCAUAGUUGGGUGGGGUGGGGGUUAACUGCGAAAAAGUUGUUGUUGUUGUUGUCACUGAGCGAGCGUGAGUAUGUUUUUGUGAUGGAAGUGAAGCUAAGGCAGAGACCAGACUUCCUUCUUCCCCUAUUCCAAUCAAAACCCAACUUCCCAUCUCAGAGUUUGUUUUUUAAAUCUUGGGCAAAGAAUGCGGGAUUUCUUAAGAAGCAUUUAAGAGGCUCAGUUGAGAAAUGGAGAUUCCAUAUUCAGGAGAUGUCUGAGGGUCAAUACUCAGCCAAGCACUACUUGGUUCAUGCCGUCAAAAGGGGUGAAACUUUGAGUUCAAUUUCUAAGCAGUAUGGAGUUUCUAUGUAUGAAAUUGCUGCAGCUAACAAGAACAUAGUGGAUGUUGACCUUGUUUUGGAAGGCCAACAACUUAACAUUCCUUCAGCAGCCAAAAGAAUUCAAGUGGUUGAGAGAAGUUGGUCAGCUUACUUCAAAUUACCUUUAAAGGAUCAUUGCUCUUUGAAUAUCUUGAAUGGAGUAUUGGACCAGAAGAAUUUCAGUGCACUAUAUUCUCGCUGUACACCUCAUGGUUUUCCAUCAUAUUAUCAAGCUAGAACUGUUUGUGGUUUUCUAGUUCUGGCUCCACUUGUGGCAUUUUGCAUCAGAUGCAUAAUUAGCGCCUUUCACACUAGAGUUUUUGGAGAGUUGAAACACAAAGCUGUGAAUGAAUCAGUUUUAAAGAAUCAUAGGUCCAGAGGUGAGCGGUGGAGAUAUGCUCUUGGUGAUGCGUGGGAACCCGAAAAGAUGGAUGACGAGUCAAUUCCGGAUUCCACUGAUCAAUACGAAGAUCUGGUUGAAGUUUCUUUUGAAGAGUCAUCUCAUGCUUACAGAAAACUUGAACAAGAUUAUCAAGAAUUUCUAACGAAGUGUGGAAUGAGCAAUUGGGGGUAUUGGCGUGGUGGUUCAACAAGGUGAACCGUUCUGGUUUCAACUACAGAUGGAUCUUUCCUUGCGCAAACCGUAAGACUAGACUCCUGUUCUUUUUCAUUGUUCUUGUUCUUGUUCUAUUUUUAAGUAAAUCAAUAAGUCCCCUCGUUAGAAAUUUGUACAGAAUUAGCUUGUGUAGAUGCAUGUUUGACAACAACAGUUUGUAUUGGCUCCAAGAUAGUGGAAUGUGUUGGAAUUUUCACCAUUGAGUGAUUUUAACCAAAUAUUAGUAUUUUCACCA